UUCAUUCGGACGCGCGGUCGCGCCUCAAAAUUCUUGUAGAAAAUCACCACCAUGGACGGGUGUACUGAUGACCGCGGCGACGGGCUCUCGAAACGUAUAAAUCGCGUGAAAUCCGCGCUGGCCGACGUGAAAACGCAGCUCCGCAGGGAGAAGUAUUUUCUCGCGAGAUAUUCCGCGGAAAAUGUGGCCUGUGACAAGGUUAUCGUCGGGAGCACAACAGCCGAAACGGAUUACCGCCCCCGCGGACCCGCAUCCCUCGCAGCCACCCGUCAAAUUCGCCCCAAAUUCUGGGCGGAUGACAGAAUCCAUAACGUGUCCCCCCCCGGCGUGGCCCCCUCGCCGCCGCCCCGGGUCCAAGUAAACAGAGAACAUUUGGAGGAUAUCGAACGAAAGUGCCUGAGCGGGUUGCAUAACCUCGACUGUUACGUGCGCAGCGUUCGUCAAUUGAAAAAUAAUUUUAUCGGUUUGAGAAGACACCCGUCACGUCCGCCGCCAUCUUUUGGGAAUCUGGAGUGUCGGUUCUAGUAUCCGUGACGUUUCUUCGGUUAUUUCAAUCCGCUGUAAUUGAAAUAUGUCGAUAAAUGUGAAACACAUGGCACUGUUUUUGAGAUUAAAAGA